CUUCAGCCUAGGACCCGAACCUCAGCUUUGUUCCUCUGUUCGUUGAAAAUUUUGCACACUAUUUCGAUCGCUUUAUCUCUCUCCCUCUCUCUCUCUCUCUAUCUCUUCUGAGGUUAGAGACGGCUCAUUACUCUAUUUCUUUCUGCAUCUCUUGAUUCAAACCCUAAGUUAUUUAACAAAUUCACAGUUUUAGAAGAUCUGUUUCGAGUUUAAACGGAGGCGUCAGGGCGAAACCAAUGAGAUUCUGAAUGACUUGAACAUGGCGGUUGGAGUGACACGUAAAUGAGCAGAAAGGAGGUAUUGAUAUUCCUGCCACAAAAUUUUAGCUGCUGACAAUUUGUGUGUUGGAUUCUAUGCCUGGCAACGAAGUUGGAGAUAGGAUCCAUAAUUUCUUUGGCCAGGGGAACUUGUCUCAUGGCUCUCCUGGCCAGCACCACUCAGAGGUUGUUGAUGGGACCUGGCCUGUGCUAGGUAACAAUCCGUGGGCUGGUGGUCAGAGACAAAUUGGCACACCUUUUUCUAAUUUGAAGAAUCACUCUCUACAGCAAUCAGCUGAUUCUGAGAGAGGACAUGGGGAACAGUCAUCAAGUGCGCAGCAUGGUGUGAAUUUUUCUCAAUCAAUUCUGAGGCCUGAGGUUGUUAGAAGUCAAUCUCAAAACCAACAACCAACUUUGAAUGGCUAUACGCAUGGGAAUCAGGCUUUCCAGACAAGGCAGAGUGAUGCAAACUUUUUGGGAGUGGAUACGGAACCUGAUCGAUGUAAUUUAACAUCAAGAGGCUUUUCAAUUCUUGAUGCACAGUUAGGAAGUGGUCCUGCACUUCACAAGAACAAUUCAGCAACGAUGGAUUUUAAUGAAUCUCCUGUUAAUUUUGAUUUUUUGGGAGGUCAACAGAAAAUGAGCAGCCAGCAUCCUGGCAUGUUGCAAUCUUUACCAAGACUGCAGUCAGGGAUUAGAGAUAUGCAGCCACUACAGCAACAGGUCAUGCUCAAGCAAAUGCAAGAAAUUCAGAGGCAGCAACAGCAUCAGAAACACCAAUUGCAGCAACAAGGAGUAAGGCAACUGAAUUCUGUAAAUCAGGUUUCCUCUUUCGCAAAACAGGCUGCGGGUAGUCAUCCAUCAACUUUGGUCAAUGGGAUUCAUAUGCAUGAUGCAUCUAAUUAUUCAUGGCAGCCUGAUCUUAUGGCCGCUAAUACAAACUGGCUACAGCGUGGUAUGUCUCCAGCUAUGCAAGGAUCCUCUAGUGGGUUAAUGUUUUCCCCUGAGCAUGGCCGGGCACCGCCCUUGGCAGGAAUGAUUCCUCAGCAGGUUGAUCAAUCGCUUUAUGGUGUUCCUAUCUCUGGAUCAAGAGUUGGUCCAAGCCAAUACUCUCCUGUCCAAAUGGAUAAGUCCACAAUACAGCAGAUAUCAGGCAGCAGUAAUCCCUUUUCAGGUAAUCAAUAUGCUGGGUUUCCAGACCCAGCUAGCAUGCAGGAUGGUACUUUUUCUUCCAGGCAGGGAUAUCAGGGAAAAAAUAUGUUAGGGACUGCUGAUAGCCAAGGCCUAGAUGGUGGAUUUGAUUUGGAAAACUUGCAGCAAGUAGAUCCCCAUCAAAGCAAUGGGCCUGGGCUGGAUUUUCAUGGGAGGCAAGAUCUAGGUGGUCCAUCAGAAACAUCACUGGAGAAGACAGCAAUGCGGGUUGCCCCUUCACAGAAUGUGGCUACCCUAGACCCAACUGAAGAAAGGAUUUUGUUUGGUGCAGAUGAUAAUCUGUGGAAAGCUUUUGACAGAGGUACCAACAAUGGAGCUGGAGGUUUUAAUAUGUUGGAUGGCAUAGAUUUUCUUGGUGCAUUUCCUUCUGUGCAAAGUGGGAGUUGGAGUGCUCUUAUGCAGUCGGCUGUAGCAGAAACGUCAAGUGCUGAUACAGGACUGCAAGAAGAGUGGACAGGUCUGACUUUCCAGUGUAGUGAACCCCCAGCUGAGAAUCAACAGACCCCAACUAUGAGUGAUAGUGGGAAACAGCAAUCCACUGGAGUUGACAACACUAACAGAUUGCAGGUUGCCUCCAUGCCAAAUCCUAUACCCUAUAAUAUGUGUGAUGGCGUGAACUCAAGUAUCAACUAUAACAAUAUGCCUGGGGUUAAGCAAUCUGGAGCGAAUAUAUCACAUGAAUGGCGAGAGAGGUUGCAUACUGGUUCUUCUCAAAGAUUUGUUCAGCCAUUUUCUGGAGAGGGAACCAAAUGGUUGGAUUGCAAUCCUUUACGAAAGCCAGUUUCUGAAGGCAGCCAUAGUUAUGAAGGUGUUCAGGCCUCAGAUGCAGAAUCAAAUGCAAAGAACAUUUCAGGUUCUUGGGCAAAUCAACAGGGCAUAUCCUCUUAUAAUACUGGUAGCCAACCAGGCGCUAAACCAAAUGGUUGGAAGUUUGUUGAUUCUGCGCCUGGUGGCAGAGGUACUGUUUUGAAGAACCAGGGUAAUGAAAACACAUUGCAAUCUUCUCAGAAUACUGAGCGGAAGAGUCCCAUGUUUGAGGUAAUGGGUUAUGGUACUGUUACAUGGAAGACUGAUUCUGUUUCUAAUUCAAUUGCUGAAUUGGAGAAAUCCACCACUGGAAGCCCACAGUUGAAUAGAGAAGAUUCUAACCUGAAUGAUGUUGCUGCAUUGCCUGGUUCAAGUGCUGUAAGGGCUAACGAGGAAAGCAGCCAACAGCUUCCCAAUGGUAAUAACAUUGACAUCUGGAAACAUGUUGGUUCUUCAGUCAAACCUAAAGAACGUGAGUUUCCAGGAAAAUACCAACCUCAUAUGGAUAAGAGUCAUCACACUUUUGAGUCAUCUGGAAAUAAUAACUUGGGCAAUGGAGCAGUUGAAACUCAUGAUUACCUUGAUACAAAAGAAAGGAAAACUGAUAGCUUUCACAAUGUAUCUAAUCAUAUGUCUACUAGUGACGUCAGAGAAAAUGCUUGGCAAGAUGCAAAUGAUUCACAGACUUUGUCUGGGGCAAAACUAAAAUCAUCUGGCCAUGUUGGUCGAAAGCCUUCGGGAGUUCGUAAAUUUCAGUAUCAUCCUAUGGGGGAUCUGGAUGCUGAUGUUGAAGCUUCUUAUGGAACAAAACAUGUUACACAUCCACAGUCCACCCAAAUGCAGGUUUCUCCAGGGUUAAAAGGUCAUGAUCAUGGGGGUAUUGGGCAAUCAAAAUUUCCUAUUCAGAUAGCUAGAAAUUCUGUGGAUAUUGACAAGCUUUGUUUUCUGAGUCAAGGAGAAACAAAAGGCUUAGAUGAGAUAUCUGCAAAAAAUAUUCUUCCACGUUCUGCGCCUAGUGCUCACGCAACAAGCAAGACAACACCCUCGAGUCAAAAUAUGCUUGAGCUUCUUCAUAAGGUGGACCAAUCAAGGGAGCGUGGAAAUGCAACACAUUUCAUUUCUUCUGACUGCAAUCAGUCUUCUGAGAUGCAUGAUGUCCAAAAUUCUGAUGAAUCUGUUCACCUCCAAAAAAACCAGGCUUCUGCUUCUCAAGGUUUUGGUUUACAACUUGCUCCCCCAUCUCAACCCUUGCCUAGUCAAGACCAUGCCCUAUCUUCUCAGAGCCCCUCACAGACAAAUAUCGGCCCCAGUUCAACUCAUGUCACUUCUGAAAUAGGGGAGAAAGGUCAUAGAUGGCUGGCUUCCACAUCUUCUGUUCAGGGCUUGCCUUGUGAAACGUCUCAAGGAGAAUUGAGGAAUAAUAUUUCUGGUACCUCAGGACAAACUGGCAAGAAUGCCCAGGGAAAAUUUUCUGCUGCUCUUUCCCCUGGAUUUCCUUAUUCAAGAAGUCAUAUCCAUAAUCCGCACAUGUAUGAUAUGGGCACAUGUGCAGCGACCACUCAACCUGUCAAUGCAUAUUUUGAUAGGUUUGCAUCUCAGUCGAAACAGAUGACCGAGUCUUUUCAGAGAGCUCAUAGUGGCCAGUCAGCACUGGCAAUAGUGCCAGACAGGUCUAGAGUUACUUCACAUAAUGAUGUUACUUCCUCCGGUGAGAUGCAUCAGCUGAGUAAUAACAAGCAAAAUUGCAAAAAAGAUUCAGCCCGGCAAUUUCCUGUUUUGGAAGUUGUGCCAGCUCCUCAGGGUUCUAAUAUAUCUGGCACAUCACAGGAGAAUGCUUCUGCAAGAAUGUCAGUUACUGAUUGGACCAGUAUUUCAAUGCAGCAACGUUCAUUUGAUGCGCAGGCUUUUAAGGCGUCAACCAAUAUGUUUAAGUCCAAUUUUCAUUCAAAUAAAGACUCAGAAACAACUUCCUCUAUACCACAGCAGUUAGAAGGUCAAGGAGUACAAAUGGUAGGGAAUGGUCCAUCUGAAUCUGGUGCAUGUUCUGUGAAUUUUCAUGGUUUUGUUGGGAAAGAACAAGCAGCAAAAGGAGAUCCAUGCCAGCAAGUUUCACCUGAUAAUGACCAUGCGUACAAGACAAUGUCUGUCUCAGAAGGGAAAGAAUCUGUUGCAAAUCCUCUUACUGGCACUUCUCUUAUGAAGCCUGCCAGUACCCAAAGAGAGAUUGAAGCAUUUGGCCGAUCUUUAAGGCCAAAUAGUAAUUUACAUCAAAAUUACUCGUUGUCGCGUCAAGUGCAGGGCUUGAAAAAUGAAGAGGUAGAUCCAGACAAUAGCAGUUUGAAGAGAUUUAAAGUUCCUGAUGGUGCCAUGGAUGCUCAGCAGCUAGGGCCCCCAGGAGGACAGCAGUUCUAUGGUCACAAUAUGGUCAGGGAUGCAUCAACAAAUUGUGAUUCGAUUCCCACAAGAGAUUCUAAGAUGCUAAGCUUUCCGGCAAGACUGACGGAUGUUCCGGAUGCAAAUAUGCCUUCUCAGGGCAUGCUUGGACUUGGUCACAAUGAUACUCAGAAUUUUGCUAAUUGUAGUGCAGUACCUGUGAGAACUGAACAGUCUCAGAUCAGUCACCAGAUGGCCCCAUCAUGGUUUGAUCAGUAUGGCACCUUUAAAAAUGGGCAGAUAUUACCAUUGCAAGAUGCACAAAAAACUGUCUCCAUGAAAACUAUGGAACUUCCUUUUGCUGUUGGAAGGCCUUCCAAUAGUUUACAUGCUUAUGGUCCAAUGAAGCAAGAAAAUGUGAUUGCUGCGGAUGCUAGUCAGCAUGGUCUUCUGCAAAAGGGUUCAAUCACCUCACCGCUCCCUCAGUUAAUGUAUCCUGAUACUGCUGAUGUGAGCUUGGCUGCUGUGAGACCAAAGAAGCGUAAAAGUGCUACAUCAGAACUUGUACCAUGGCAUAAACUAGUGGUGCAUGGCCUUCAAUGGCUUCCGACCAUCAGUUCGGCUGAAGUGGACUGGGCUUGUGCAACAAACAGAUUGACUGAGAAGUUGGAAGAUGAAACUGAAAUGGUAGAGGAUGGACCACCAGGGUUUAGAUCAAAGAGGAGGCUUAUAUUUACAACACAGCUUAUGCAGCUGCUGUUUCACCCUCCUCUGGCCUCAGUUCUGUCUGCAGAUGCUAUGUCACAUUAUGAGAGUGUUGUACCCUUUCUUGCUCGAUCAACCCUGGGAGAUGCUUGCAGCACACUCUGUUGUGUUGGAAGCGAUACUUCUGUGCCUUCUGGCAGCGGAAAUCUCCUGCCUGAGAAGUUCAAAACAUCUGAGAGAAUCAGCAAACAAUACUUCUCAAAAGUUGUGGAAGACCUGAUCAGUAGAGCAAGGAAGCUAGAAAAUGAUCUCUUGAGAUUGGAUAAGAGGGCAUCUGUUCUAGACUUGAGAGUGGAAUGCCAAGAGCUAGAGAAGUUUUCUGUUAUCAACCGUUUUGCCAAGUUCCAUGGCCGGGGCCAAGCUGAUGGGGCCGAGACCUCAUCAUCCUCUGACGCACCUCUGAAAUCCUGCCUCCAGAGAUAUGUUACUGCACUUCCAAUGCCUAGAAAUCUCCCUGACAGGGAUUGAAUCUUAGAUCUCAUGAACGACUCUGAACUAAUAAAGGGGGUGUUGACGAGCAAAUAAGAAAAUACAAGAUUACUGAGGUUCUCAUGUGCUGCAACAAGUAGAGAAGUGGUUGAUCAUAUUUAGAGAGGGAUGACACCAUUUAGUCUGAUCAUUUUUUAGUACGAGGACCAAACCUGGUUUGGGUAAAGACUUGCUGUAAUAUUUUCAAUAGUUUGACCUCAAGACUCCUGCACAUCUUAGCUCUGUUUAUUUCUCAAAUCACAUUUUCGCAGCGAGAACUUCUAAAUUUCUUAGUUCAUGGAUGCCUGGUAUGGACAUUAUUCA